AUGGCUAGUGCCGAGGCCAGUGCUACUCCCGCCGCUGUUGUUGAGUCCAGUUGCGUCAACUGCGACCGUCCGGACAGCUUUGACAACAUGGUGCAGUGCGACACAUGUAAUUCGUGGUGGCACCAAUGUUGUGCUGGAGUAACGGGAUCUGUAGCGGAACGUCCGUGGAAUUGCAGACAGUGCUCUAACGAAGUGUUGAGCAUACGUACUACGUCAUCGACAUCAAGAUCAGCUCGGAUUGCACUGCAAGUCGAGAAACUGAAGGAGCAGCGGGAGCUAGAGCGCAAAUUUAUCGAUGAUAAAUACAAACUUCUGGAGGCCGGAAUCGAAGACGAGGAAAACACGAGUCAGCGGUCGAGAGUAAACAGACCAGCCAGCAUCGACAGGGUAAGGAGGUGGAUCGGGGAGAAUGCGAGUCAUAUGGAAGGCGCCGUAGGUCGAGCAGCCACUGCGACAUUGCCCCCCUCAUCACUCAACCAAGGCGAAGCUGCUGCCAUCAAUACUGUCGGACCCAUCCCAACUGUACACAAGGAUCAGCAGGUGUGUAGCCCGCUGAGGCAUCCGUCAAUACUUUCGGGAAGAAAUCCAAUACAAGCGUCGGAAGGCAAGUCAUUACCGCCUGCAGUGCCUACUCAUGGAGCAGCUGGUAUCGUAGGCACAGGUGGUGAGCACGUUCUACAGGUGGAGAAAGCGACACAACUGGUACGUUCAUCAGUGCUGAUUCCGGCGCCAGCAAAUAACCAACCGUUGGGAUUGCCCCCCGCGGUAGUAAAUAAAGGAGCGAUUCCCAAGGUACCAUCCAACCAAUUGUGGCCAUUGAGGAACGUACCCGAAGGUAAAAACAUCCCUAAUCCCCCCGUACAUCCACCACCAGGUAAGCCACAUCAAAGCCAACCCAAAAGGCUACCUGCGGAGUCAAAUAAAGAUAAUGGAAUACUCCAUUCAUUCAUUAAACAAUUAGAGAACAUGAUUGAAUGUCAGUCAAUGCCAAUUCCUCCAAGCAAUACUGCCCCUCCAACAAGAGGUACAGUACCUAAUUAUCAUCCACAGCCGAAUGUUGCUUUGCCAUUCGGUGAUGUGUCGAACCCGAUUUUGGGUGGUAAUGAAUAUACACCCACCCCCUCGCAAUUAGCCGCUCGGCAAGUGAUGCCGCGAGAUUUGCCUCAAUUCUCAGGCAAUCCAACAGAAUGGCCUGUGUUCAUAAGCAGUUUUCAGAACUCCACGCUUGCUUGUGGAUACACCCAUGCGGAAAAUUUAUGCCGUCUUCAACGCAGCCUGAAAGGCGCGGCUUAUGAAGCGGUUCAAAGUCGCCUUCUCCUCCCAGCGUCAAUUCCCCAUGUCAUGGAUACUUUGUACCUGCUCUAUGGAAGGCCUGAGCUGCUUAUACACGCGUUAUUGGAGAAGGUUAGAUCUGUCCCUGCACCGAAAACCGAUAGACUUGAAACACUAAUCGAUUUCGGUAUGGCAGUUCAAAGUUUGUGCGAUCAUCUCGAAGCAGCGAAUCAACUUGCUCAUUUGUCAAAUCCAUCUCUGUUAAUGGAGCUUGUGGGGAAGCUUCCAGCCCAUGUGAAAAUGGAAUGGGGUACUUAUUUACGAAAUUUUCCGGAUGUGAAUUUGAAAACGUUCGGCAACUUUAUGUCGGACGUUGUUAUAUCGGCAAGUAAGGUGACCGUGUAUAGUGGUAUCAGUGGUAGGACUGCAUCCGGUGAUAAAUCGAAGCCGAAAAAUCGAGGAGCCAUUAACGCACACUCUAAUGAAAUGGAGGAGGUGCGAACCAAGGAGAUCCUAUGCUAUGCCUGCAAAAAACCAGGACACCGGCUGCAAGACUGUGGAACUUUUAAAUCGCUAACCGUUGACGAUCGCUGGAAGUGUGUACAGGCCAACAGAUUGUGUCGAAACUGUCUGUGUAGUCAUGGGAAGAGAAGUUGUCGUCGAACGAGCUCAUGUGGAACAAACGGCUGUCCAUAUCGCCACCAUCCUAUGCUUCACUCGACGAGAACCGGUAACGCAUUCAACCGUCAACUACAACCGGCAACUGGGGAGAACCAUACGCACAGGCAGAUGGAGCACCAUGUUUUCUUCCGUAUCAUUCCGGUGAUGCUUUUCGGACCUAGUGGAAUAGUAAAUACAUUCGCGUUUUUGGACGAUGGAUCGUCGCUGACGUUGAUUGAGGAGGAACUGGUCGAGCAACUUGGCAUCGAAGGGGAAAGCCGCCCAUUAUGUUUGAUGUGGACGGGCAACGUGACCCGAAAUGAGAAAGAAUCAAAACAGGUGUCGUUGUCGAUCUCUGCGACAGGUAGUCACAGAAGAUAUGCACUGGACGAUGCUCGCACGGUUAAAGAGCUUUGUCUUCCGAGGCAAACGCUUUCGUACGGAGUACUGGAGAAUAAAUACGAUCAUCUUCGAGGACUUCCAGUAACCAGCUAUGUGGAUGCUGUUCCUCGGUUACUCAUAGGAAUAAACAAUUUAAAUUUGAUGGUUCCUGUGAAGGUGAAGGAAGGAAAUAUUCGAGAACCAGUUGCAGCGAAAACGAGACUGGGUUGGUGCAUAUAUGGAGGACAUGGAGAACAUGGUUCGAGGCAAACCCUCAACUGCCAUUCUUGCAGCUGUACCAACGACGAAGAUCUCCACAACACAGUUAAACAUUUCUUCGAUCUAGAGGAAGUCGCCACCAAGUCAACAAUCAUCCUCAUGUCAGAGGAAGAGAAGCGCGCUCAGAGGAUUCUGGAAGAAACAACCGUAAGAAUCGGGAAUCGGUACGCAACGGGACUUUUGUGGAAGUUCGACCAUAUUAAGUUCCCGGAUAGUUACUCGAUGGCCCUCCGUCGAUUACAGUGUCUCGAGAAGAGGAUGGACAGAGAUCCUAAAUUACGCGAGAAUCUUCGACGACAGCUCCUGGAAUAUCAGGAGAAAGGGUACACCCACCGUGCCACAGAGGCAGAAUUGGCUAGCGCAGACAAAAACCGGAUCUGGUACCUGCCACUCGGAGUGGUGGUGAAUCCAAGAAAGCCUGAGAAGGUCCGUUUAAUAUGGGAUGCUGCGGCUAAAGUGGGGGGAAUAUCUUUAAAUUCCUUCCUACUAAAAGGACCAGAUCAGCUGACGUCUUUGCCAGCAGUCCUGGUUCGAUUCCGACAAUUCAUGGUGGCUGUUUCAGCGGACAUCAAAGAGAUGUUCCAUCAAAUACUGAUGAGGUUGAUGGACCGGCACUCCCUGCGGUUCCUUUGGCGUAGUGACCCUUCAAGUCCUCCAGAAAUUUUCAUGAUGGAUGUGGCAAUUUUCGGAUCUGCAUGUUCCCCAGCGUCCGCACAAUUCGUGAAAAAUAAAAAUGCGAAGGAGUUCGAAGAUCAGUACCCCCGAGCAGUAGAGGGAAUCAUUAACAACCACUAUGUGGACGACUCACUGGAGAGCUACGCCAGCGUGCACGAAGCAGUUCGCGUUUCCGAAGAGAUGCGGAUGAUCCAUGAGAACGGAGGAUUUCAGCUGAGAAAUUGGUUGUCAAACAGUGAAGAAGUGUUACAUCGUCUUGGAGAAAAAGAGCCCUCUGGUGGCAAGAAUAUAAGCCUAGACAGAAAGGAGUAUGAACGAGUGCUGGGAUUGCUGUGGUUAACGAAAGAGGAUAAACUGUGCUUGUCCAUGGAAGUACAACAAUCAAUUCAAAGGUUGAUCAAUGAAGGAGGAAGACCGACGAAAAGACAAGUACUAAAGUGCUUGAUGGGUUUUUUCGAUCCGUUAGGAUUAUGGAGCGUAUUCCUCGUUCAUGGAAAAAUUCUUCUACAAGAUGUUUGGCGGAGUGGUACCCAAUGGGACGAGAAGAUCAAUGAUGCAGCAUUCGAACGUUGGAGGAAGUGGACAAACCUGUUCCAGAAUAUCCGUGAGAUUCGAAUCCCUCGUUGCUACUUCGAGAAUGCGACUAACCAACAUUAUAAAAAUCUACAGCUGUAUAUUUUCGUUGACGCUAGUGAAGCAGCAUAUUCAGCAGCAGCUUAUUUCCGGAUUACGAAACCGGAUGGGCUUGUGGAUUGCAGUCUGGUAGUGGCGAAGACAAAAGUGGCCCCACUGAAACCUUUAUCAAUACCACGAUUGGAGCUGCAAGCUGCAGUACUGGGAGUUCGAUUGAUGCAGUUCGUCGAAGAAAGCCACACCGUGAAAGUCCAGCAACGUUUUCUCUGGAGUGAUUCAGCCACUGUCUUGGCUUGGCUGCGUUCAGACCAUCGGAGAUAUAAGCAGUUCGUAGCAUGUCGUGUCGGAGAAUUACUAACCGCAUCGGACGUCCGUGAAUGGCAUUGGGUGCCAUCGAAACAUAACCCUGCAGAUCUGGCCACUAAGUUUGGUAAAGGUUCCUGUGAAGAUGUAUCUCGUGUUUGGUUCAAUGGACCAGGAUUUUUGAAAGAUCCGGAGUCGGAGUGGCCUCGCCAGAGGACCAUAACAGUAUCUACCGAAGAAGAGCUGCGCCCAUGCCACGCACAUUGCAAGAUGUUCAUACCCGAAAUGGUGUUUGAUCUCGAACGUUUUUCUCGUCUGUCCAGGCUGAUAAGGUCUGCCGCAUACGUCCAUCGAUGGAUCGCUAACCGAAGGCGCAGAACUAAGGGAGAAGCGGUGUUCGUAGGACAUUUGAGAUCGGAAGAGCUGCUAGAGGGACAACGAAUGCUGAUCCGUUUGGCACAGUGGCAGGUCUUCACAAAUGAAAUGGUGCUGUUGACACGUAACCAACAGAGCCCAGCAGCACAACAAAUACAACUUGAAAAAUCGAGCGAAUUGUACAAGUUAACUCCCAUGCUGGAUGAAUUCGGGAUCCUGAGAAUGGACGGGCGUAUCACAGCAGCUCCGAACGUGAAUGAAAGUGUAAAGUUUCCUAUUAUUCUUCCUAGGAAAUACAGACUUACUUACCUGCUGUUGGACGAUUACCAUCGAAGAUUUCGCCAUUGUAAUAUGGAAACAGUGGUAAAUGAGGUGCGCCAGCAUUUCCACAUUCCACAGCUAAGAGUGGCCGUGAAGCAGGUAGCGAAAUCUUGUCAGUGGUGCAGAACAUAUAAGACGGAGCCGUGUAUUCCUCGGAUGGCUCCAUUACCUGCGGCGCGAGUGACAUCGUUUCAGAGACCGUUUACGAACACGGGCCUGGAUCUCUUUGGACCACUACUGGUUAAGAUUGGCAGGAGCAAUACGAAGCGGUGGAUUGCAGUUUUCACCUGCCUCACAAUCCGUGCUGUCCACGUCGAGGUGGUGCAUAGCCUAAGCACCAGAUCAUGUGUCGAGGCUAUUCGGAGGUUCGUUGUCCGCCGUGGAUCACCAGCAACGAUAUACUCGGAUAACGGGACCAAUUUUCGAGAAGCGAGCCGACUGCUGCAGGAACAGAUCGAACAGCUAGCAACCACCUUCACUAGCAGUUCAACGAAAUGGAUUUUCAUUCCCCCCGGCACUCCUCACAUGGGGGGUGCAUGGGAGCGCAUGGUGCGCUCAAUCAAAACGGCCAUGGAUGAUGCUUAUAGCAUCCAUGGAAAGCUGAAUGACGAGACAUUAGUUACAUUGGUAGUAGAAGUGGAAGGAAUCGUAAACAGCCGUCCACUAACAUAUUUGCCGAUUUCGUCUGAGGAGAGCGAAGCAUUGACUCCGAACCAUUUUUUACUGGGAAGUUCAAGUGGAGUUCGCCAGCAAGCAGAAGCGGAUGACUCUGUAGCAGUCUUGCAAGCGUCCUUUCAUCAAAUUCAACAACACCUGGAUACGUUCUGGAGAAGAUGGCUGCGAGAAUAUCUGCCGACCCUGAACAAACGUACGAAAUGGUUUGGGGACGUAAAACCGGUAGCAGCAGGUGACUUGGUAGUGAUCGUCGAUGAGUCGACCAGAAACAGAUGGGAGCGAGGUCGGAUUCUUGAGGUCAUUAGAGGAAGCGAUGGGAGGAUUCGUCAGGCUAUAGUUCAAACUGCGAGGGGGUUGAUUCGUAGAUCUGUGGGUAAAUUGGCAGUCUUGGAGGUAGAUGGUGAAGGUAAAACUGAAUCAGAUGACCGAUUUUCCUUUAUCGAGAAUAAUUGUGACAUGACGGAAAAGCCAACGAUCAAUCUUCCAUCUCUUUGCGAUUUUCCUUCUCCCUCUCGACCUUGUAACUCUGACGUCUUAUAUCGAAUCGAUGUGCCCCGACUGUAG